AUGGCCCAAGAACCGUUUGAAACGUCUAUUUCAGAGUACUCCUUCCAAUUAGCAGAGCUUUUGGACCUUCUAUUGGAUCAGAAAGUAGAUGAGGUGGCUAGGAUAGAAUACGAAGCCAGCUUAACAGAUCUUACUUCCAACGUCCCAGUUCUGCUGGCAGCCAAGGACUCCCGCAAGUACCCUGAGGACCACCUUUCCCAAAUUCUCAUCGACAACUAUUUGCAUCUACUCAAGUUAGCAAGCCUGUACUUCAAUAUGUCGCUUGCUUCUCAUGUGACGAAGUUUCUCGUCAAACUAAUUUACGCGCUUGAAUGUUGGGAGAUAUAUCACCUCCUACGGAUCAUACCUGAUAUCGAAUAUUUCUUGAAACUUGUGGAUGUUGACGUCACAAUGACUCCUUUUGGCCACAUUGUCAAGCCACCAGAGAAUUUGAUGUCUUUCAAUUUGAGACAGGGCUUUCAAUAUCCCUUUCCUUACCCAUUCUACAACUUUUCCUUCCAUACUCCAGAUCCUUAUGCAUCUUCUAGAAAGUUUGCUAAGAUUUCCAUUGAUAAGUACAUAGAUAUUCGCUUGAAGAAACCCACCAAGAGGCGCAGAAGACCUCGCUCGUGGCCCAAAUUGCCCAAGUUUCACAGCGAUGAACUGGAAUUACAUGGUUCUGAUGGUUCUUUAAAAACUCCUCCUGUGUUGAGAUCUCAGAGCAGCGGCAAGCUGAUUACAGAAGAUUACCAACGACAUCAGAAAGUUUAUAUUUUCAUGGAAAUGGAUCUUAAUCAGAUCGAUCACGAGGUAGAUGUAUUCUACCCCGAAGGCAACGUUGAGGAAGACGACUAUGAUACAGAUGAGGCUGAUGCAAUAAUGGCGGAGGAGAACGAAGCAAUCGAUUUGUCCAGGUUGCCUGAGGAGAAAUACAUUAUCGUUCCCUCUGUCUUUGAGCGUGUGCUUCAAGACGCAGAACAAAGGGGAAUAGCCAAGUUGACAACUCUUCACCAGUGUCGACUUCUUGACCCUUCUAAUAUGCGACCAUGCUUGAAGAUUUUCUAUGGAAAGAACGAGUUGCAGCGUCACCAAGAAUUCGUUCACGCCACCACCAAGAAGAUUUACAAGUGCGUCUACUGUGAAAGUACUGGAAGUAAGCCACAGUCAUACCCUCGUCACGAUUCAUUGGCAAGACAUAUUCGCCGUAAGCAUGGGAUCACAGGUCGUGAGAACAAGAUCGCCAUCAAUCUUGCUAAGAAAAAUGCAAUUAUCGUUGGUGAUAGUGUUCCACAAGGAUCACAGUUUUCUGCCGUACCAAUAUUGCAACAACUCUCUUUAGGUCCAACUGCUCCAAAAGCUCAAGGCGUUUCAAUAGGCCAAUCAUCGUUAGGACAAAGUGCCCCAGGAUAUGUCGUUCCGCCUCCACAGGGAAUUACCAAUCCGACAGGAAGCUCAGCACCUCCUUCCGAUUCAAAGGCGUCAUUUGUUGGUUCACAGACCACGUCACCAUCCAAAAUACCCAACUUACCUGCCUCAGCACAGACACCAACAGCGACUUCGACUUCGAAAUCACCAAUUUAUGUUCUGCAACCUCCAAACUUGGCAGGUAUGCGCCAGGGAUAUCCAUUUGACUCCAAAGACGUUGCAAUAGCCCCGAAUCCACAGGAUUUGCGCCCAGGUUCCGGUGUCUACAUGUAUCCAUAUCCUGGAGGCGCUCCGCAAGGGCCAAUUACAAUGCAUGGAUCCAGCCCCUACGUAUUACCGCAAUAUAACAAGAUAGGACAGUGGGCGAUGCCUCAUGCAAUGGGAAGGGAUGAGGACAAUAAGUCGGGAGAUGUGAGACAAUCACCACCGAUGAUGCAUGGGUUCCAGAAGUUCCGGUUUCCAAAUAAUUAUUACCAAGUGGGAAUGCCGCCCACUUAUCCUAUUAAUGGUCAGGAGGCUAUGUACUAUCCUGUUCAACUGAUGGCUGGACAGAUGUCUUACAUUAGUUAUGCACCGCCACCUCAACAUGGAGCACAUCCGCUGCACGAGCAGAAUGAGAUUUCACGCAGACAGCAGCAGGAUCAUCAGCAGCAGCAGCAGCAACAACAACAACAACAACAACAACAACAAUCUCAACCUCACGACUCUCCACAACAGCGUCACCAAGGUUCACCAACUCAACAGUCACCAAGUGGACAGUAA